AUGAGGGGGCUCCGGUACGGCUACCAGCUCCUGCCCGACCAGGACGAGGAGCUGCCCAUGGGAUGCGAGGACCCAGCUGGAGAGGGGCAGCGGGGCUGGGAGGGAGCCCCGGCAGCAGAGGAGGAGGAGCCGAGCAGGCUGGUGCUGAGCACACCCAGCAGCAUCCUGCGGGACAGGGACAUCGAGGAGCUGGGCCCCCAGCUGCCCCCGCGGCUGAUGCAGCAGCCCUGGCACCUGCUCUACUCCACCGGGCGGGACGGCUUCAGCCUGCGGACGCUGUACCGGAGCGGGGCCCGGCCGGACUCGCCGGCCCUGCUGUUCAUCAGGGACACGGAGGCGCAGGCUUUCGGUGCCUUCUCCGCCACCGCCAUUCGCAGCAGCAGCGGCUUCUACGGCACGGGGGAGACCUUCCUCUUCUCCUUCUGCCCCGAGCUGAAGGUGUUCAGGUGGACGGGCAGGAACGACUUCUUUGUGAACGGGGAUGUGAAUCUGCUGAUGGUCGGUGGGGGGAGCGGAAGGUUUGGGCUGUGGCUGGACGGGGACCUGCGCCACGGGGGCAGCCAGCCCUGCGAGACUUUCGACAACGAGACCCUCUCACAGCGGGAGGAGUUCUGCAUCCAGGAUCUGGAAAUGUGGGGUCUGGCCUGACCCCAACAAAGACACCCAAGAAAAAAGGUGCAGGAGAGGGGAUUCUUUGGACUGAUGUCUCGAGCACAGCUGCUCCCUGACAGCACCUGCAGAGCCUGAGGAAUGCUACCAGCCUCACCCCUCCUCCUUUCACCUGUUCCCAAUAAUAUCCCGACUUCACGGGGAAAGAACAGCCAAUGGGGGCAGCGUGAUUGGAAAAAAACAGCAGCGGGGUCUCAGGCCUGCAGUGUCGCUGCCAUGUGGCUGGGGAGCCCAGAGUGUGUGCAUGGGCCCACAGGGGCCCUAACCCUAACUCUACUCCUAGCCCUAACCCCCAGCCCAACCCCAAAGCACCUGGCUGGGAGAGGCAGAGCUGCCCCAGGGGCAGGGCACUGGCAGAGCCGGGCACGGCAGAGCCCCACAGGGAGAAGGAAGC